AUUUUUUGCUUAUGACCUCUCAUUCAUUUUGGUGUUUACAAACCCUUUAUUUUUUCUUUUCUUCUCCUGUUUAGCUGUUUAGCUGUUAAAUCAUCAAUUAACUUUAACGUUUAGCUAAUUUAUUGUUUAAUAUCUCUUCGUCUCGGUGAUAUCAUCAACUCAACCAUCAUCGUUGGACUGUUUGCAAUGAUUCAAGGAAAAUUCAACUCAUGAUUAUCAGGGCGUUAAUUGUAUGAUAUCGAUAAUGGACAGGAUCAAAAAUCGAUACAGAAAGAAAAGUGACUAGUAUUACAAUAUAAUUGGCAAAAUGUAUGGAGGCUGGUGCAAGGCCAAUUAUCACUUUGAUACAGACCUUAGACUUAAUAUAAGUGAUUGAAAGUCAACGCCGGUUAAAAAUUUGCUUUUGAUAUCUUGAUUUAAUUUCAUCCUGGAAAGUGUCACCAUAAACACCACCACCAAUUUUCAUCUUUAUCGUCGUAAAUAUAAAGAUUUGCAAUCAACUUCUGCUCUCUUUAUUUAACUGUAAAUUACAUUCGACUGUUGAAGUGACAAACCUUAAUUCAAGUUAAUAACAUCAACCGUUCACUGGAUUCUCUCGUCAAGCUUCAUAUUCAUUUUUUAUUUAUUCAAAUUCCCAUUUCAACUCAAGAAAUACAUAUUUUGAUCCCUUGAAAGAUCAAGUAAAAAGAGUUUCAACAUUCUUUCGCUUACUCAAGACUAUUUUCUGUGGGAGGAAGAAGGACGUGAAGAAGACGAAGAAGAGUUGACAGUUGGCUCCAAAGAAACCGUUAAAGGACGUAAAAAUCGUGUUUCACUAACUGGAAAACGAGAAACUGUACCAAUCCAGCCAACCAUUGUUAGCCGAAAAACCAUGAUGAUGAUGGAAAAUGGAUCAACUAAAAGAGAUUCUGAAAAAUCGUUAACCUUACGGUUAACCAAAUCAAAAGGUUCACAAGAUAGGAAAAGUUUCACUUUUGGUCGAUCAUCUAAAAGUAAAUCGACUGGAAUCGUUCCUCCAACCUCAAUUGCCUGUCAAUCUACUAGUUCCUUUGAAGAAACUAAAGAAAAUAAUUCAAUUGAUGGCGAAUCAGUUGCAAGUAAAGAUGCCUUACCAAGUGAAGAAAAAUUUGCUGGACAAGGGAUAACGUUUAAAGCUAAAUUAAUCGGAAUUGAUCCAGUUACCGGCCCAAGGGGUGAUAAAAUGUGCCAAUCUGCUUUACAACGUUUAAAGGCAUUGAUUAAAGAAACAGGAUCUCACAAGCAAAGGAUUAUCAUAAAAAUAUCAUUGGAAGGUGUUACAAUUAAGGAUGAAAAAUCUGGUGAAACAAUUAGUUCUUACUCAAUUCCUUUAAUAUCAUACAUCGCCCGAGAUGCAAGUGAUAAACGUGCUUUCGGUUUUGUCUAUGGAUCACCCGAUACCGGGCAUUCAUUUAUUGGAAUUAAAACCGAAAAAUCAGCAAUUCCUGUGAUGAAAACAAUUGGCGAAUUGUUUACUUAUGUUUAUGAAAAAAAGAAGCGUACUCAAAGUGUUGACAAUAAUACUGGAGAUGUAUCCUCUGAUGCUGAUUUUGGCUCAUCCGAUGCUAAACAACAAUCAAGUGGCAAUCAGAGUUCAUCGUUAUUUUCAUCAUCUAACUCCAAUAACGAAACAAAUCCACCUCCUUUACCACCUCCAAGAAAUGAGUCUACAGCUUUCGAGACAAAUGGUGAUGCCUUUACAGCCAAUUUUGAUGAUGCCUUUAUGGAUAUGUCUAACCUGAAAGAUGUUAUUGCUUCAGCCAAGCAAGCUAGUGAUCCUUAUGCCAAUUGGGAAUCUUUUGAUGAUGAAUUUAAUUCAUCGCUGGAUGCCUCUGCUCUAAGUAAAUCAAGUCGAUCAAACCACAAUAGCCUACCUGUUAUCCCAUCGCCACCUCGAUCACCUGGUAGAACCAGAGAAUCUGCUUUACUUAAAAUCAAGCCUCCUGCUAAUAACUCACGGAAAAAUAAAAACAUACUUUCUAAUAGUAUCAAUGGUGGCUCAAGUUUUGCUAGUUUUGCCAAUGUUAAUGACCCUUCGGCGUCUUUCGAUGGAAGUGCUAAAAGUUUAUCAAUAUCAUUAGGUAGAGCUGCCUCACAAAGCUCAUUGGAUCACGUUUUUCAAGAAUCAAUCUCAAGUCGAAUCUCUGGACAUAGUGAUUUUGAACAGCAGCAUCAACUGAAACAACAAUUUCAUGCUUUACAACAACAACAGUCUGCAAUCAGUAACCAGCAAUUGAAUGCCCUUUUUAACAGUUCAUUCUCAAGUCAAGGUGGAAACUCAUUUGGUAGUCCAUCUUCAGGCUCCUUGGGUAACUCAUUUUCAAGUUCAGGAGCUGGAUUAUUUACCAGUCCACAAAUCAAUCAACUUUCUGACUCUUUUGGUAAUUCAUCAGCUGGUUCCAGGGCUGCAGUAAAUAAUCAAAUUAAUUUUGCCAACGUUGCAUCAGCCAAUAGCUCAGUUGCUAGUCCAUCGGUCAGCGUUUUUGGAAGCCCUGCAAAUAAUUCAAUCUCUGCUAAUCAAUUGCCUGCUUCAGUCACUUCAAGUCCUGCAAUUAGUUCAAUAACUAAUUCAGCAACUCCAGUUUCGAGUCCAUACAAUGGAAAUGGUGCUAACAACAAUAAUCCAAGUAAUUCAAGCAAUAACAGUCAUGCAUCCUCCAGUGGAGACAGAUAUGCGGUCUUCUCAGAAAUUAAUUCAAUGACUUCAAGUAUCUUCGAUAAAUUAGCUGAAGAGAAGAAGAAACAAGAAGAGCAAGAAGCUAAAUUACAUAAACAACAACAACAACUUGCUGAGCAACAACAUCAAUUACAACAGGCUAAAUUUCAACAACAACAAUUUCUUGCCUUGAGACAACAACAAUAUGAGCAGCAACAGUUAGCAUUACAGCAGCAGCAACAGCAACUUUAUCAGCAACAAAUGAAACAAAAUCAAGCUUCGCAUGGCAAUGAAAUGAAUGGAUUCAAUCAAAAUGUAGAAUCACAGCAAUUUGUCAAUGCUUCAAGUGGCUUAGUAAAUUAUGGAGCUCAAGCUUCAUUAUCUCACGAUUUAAAUCAUAAAUCAUCUGCAGCAUCAAUUCCUUUCUCUACACCAUCUCGACCUAGUCGUCCAGAAAGUCAAAAAUCAAAUGAUCCUUUUGAAAUGUCUUCCAUUUUUGCUGAUCUCGAUCCAUUGGGAGUGGGCAGAGAGAAACCUCUUCGUGACAAGAGUGAAUUUUUUCAAGAACUCAAAUCACAACAAAAGAAACAGCUUGAUCUAGAGACUUGCAGCGUUAGUUCACUGGAAUCAUCAAAUUUGGGAAAAGAGUCUGACCCAUUCAAUAUAUCAACUGAACUUUUGGCUCAAGCUCACUUAACCCACCUUAAUCAACAUCAAGCUCAUAUCCUACAACAACAGCAACUAUUGCAGCAAGCCCAGCAGCAACAACAAGCUCUACAACUACAACAGCAGCAACAGCAACACCAUCAAGCACAGUUACAUUUACAACAGCAACAACAACAGCAACAUCAGCAACAGCAACAAUUACAACUUCGACAACAACACCAUCAUCAUAUUAAUCCCCAUCUGCAAGUUCAACAUCAACAGCAACCCGGUUUAUCAAGUGUAGGUCAUUCAAACUCAAACUCAUUUCAUGUAUCAGCCUCUCCAUCACCCCAAACACUUACAGAACAUCGUCCAUCAUCAUCGGCAUCUGCAGCCUCCCGUAAUCCGUUUCUUAGUGAUACUCAGAGUGACACUAGUGAUGAUCUUUUUGCCAACUCUCCAAUUUUGUCCUCACCCAUUCCAACCUCAGCAGCAGCUAAUCAAUCUGCUUCUGCAUCUAUUUACCCUCCAUCAUCCUCUUCCUCCAACCAUGAGUCUGUAUCACAUGCAAACCUAGCACUCUCUCGUUACAAUAAUUGUGACAAUAACAAUCACAAUAUUAACAGAGCAAUUUUACCUCCAAGUACAACAUCGACGCCACCGCCUUUACCAAUUACAGCAUUACAAUCAACAACGGUGACAACACAACCGCAUAAUUUGUCUUUCCCGAUCAGCAAAACCUUCAACUCAUCCACUCGUAAGCUAUCCUUUGAUUCGGAAGUGUUUCAACCUAAUUGGUCUUCAUUGAUGACCAAUGCUGGUGCUUCAUCAGAGGAAAAUGCAGCAGUUGCCGCCGUUCUUGGUAAUGCCACGGCCAUGAUAACAACCACAAGUAUGAUCAUUUCUGGUAAUUCAAAUAUGAUUCACCCCAAUCCCAAUGCCACCAAUUUGAAUGACAAUGGUUCCAUUGUCAGUGGUAUUGUUAAUGCCUCUGCUUGUAAUAAUGUAAUUGAAUCAAUUAUAUCACAUAAUCGAUCGGUCACUCCGCUCUCAAUUGAUUCACGUUCUUCUCGUUCACCCUCAAGUCUGUCUAAUCCACGUUUCUCCGAACACUCCUCUUCCUCAAACGUCCGUUACUCUCCUUAUGCCCAAGCUGAUUCAUUUAUUGUGCCCAGUCUAGAAAAUUUGUCACCCUUACCACCCCCACGUCCACCACCACGUGAAUUCAAUGAUACGUCUAAUAGUUCCCAAAGUACUUCUCGUGAUGGUUCACCACCACCACCAGUACCACCGCGGCCCAUGAAAAAUGAUGAUUGUGAUAUGCCUCCUCCUCCUUUACCCAAGCGCAAAACAUCAAAUCCAAAUAGUAUGAUAUCUAUGGUACCUGGUGAGAUUGGACUAUCAAACAAGCCGUCCGCUAAUCCAUUUAAUGGUUCAUCAGAAGCUAAAUAUUUGAGCUUCUCUGUAGUUCAGCCACCAGAAACAUUUGCACCUCCAUUGCCAUUACCUCAACGUAAACUUCAAUCUCGCACUUCAUCAUUAAAAGGCUUUAAUUCACCAGGGAAUGAAGUUUACAUAAAUAAUCGCCAACCACAACAACCACAACAACACCCAAAUUAUCAAAAAUUGCACCAAAUUCAAUUUAUCAAUACUCAACCAAAUCUAGGUACGUCUCAAUUAUCUGUAAAUCCUGCAGCUUCAACUAUUAGUGCAUCCAGUUCGUCAAUGUAUGAUCCAUUCGAUUGUGCUUUCGUUACUUCAACUCUUCAAUUAACCGAUGCCUCAAGAACCUCAAAUCUUUCACCUCGACAUGAUGAAAGCUCAAGUCCAAGGCCUGGUUUAACGGAAGGAUCUUAUUCAGCCAGUGAUCACUCAAGAAGCAACAGUAACAUUGGUGAUGAUCGAUCAUCUGAAAUUUCAAUGCAUCGAUCUGGUAAUACUUUAGAAGAAAGCAAACUUAGUCGCACAUCUUUAUCUUAUUCCUCUGAUUCUAUUCCUGCAAAAAGAUUGAACUUCUCAAAUAGUUACGAACCUGGUAAACACCUUGACAGAUUUUCAACCCCACUCUCAGCAUUUGGUGAUUCAAUGGGAAAACCUUUUAUCAAUCAAAAGCCAGAAAUGAAAUCUGGUGAAGGAUUUAAUCUAACCGCAUAUUCAGCUGGUGAACCCAAUUUACAAACAAACUUCAAAUCAACUCCUCAACUCUCCCAAAUAUCAAGCAUAACCAGAAUAACUCCUGGUUUUAUCGAUUCCUUUUCUGGUGAAUUAUCUUUUGCCUCUGAAGAUGCCAAUAAUUCUUUCUUUGAGCCAUGGAAGCCUCUUUCAAGUAUUGAAAAAUCAUCCUUAAACGGAGCCAUUUCUCGCUCCUCUCCCCUAACACCAUACACUGUAAAUACUGCCGCUCCUGGUGUUGCCAAUGCAAUUAGUGGAACUGUUCAAAGUAAUGAGCAAUCGAACCAAUUUGGUCAAUCUAGAGGAUGCCAAGCUUCCAAUGAGCAAAUUGCCAGUGGACGGAAUCCAUCGCCUUUUAACCAUUUCGGCGAAGAACAUGUUAGCCCACCAGAACGAAAUAUAUUCCGAAAAGAGAGCGAUCCAUUUGCUGAUGACUUUUUUCAACCUGAAUCAGGCUCUAGCUGAAAUUUAAUGUUUAAAAGGCUUUAAUAAUGAGACGUGCUAACCUUUACUAAUUAACUAAUGUUUCUAAAUUGUUAGUCAAUUUAAAAAUGUUUGUCUUUUAAUCUAAGUCAAACUGCACAAGAUAACUUAACUAACACUAAUUUACUAUAAUAUACUUAUAAUGUAUUUAAUGCACACAGUGAGAAAAGUAAAACAAGGCAAAGAAUCAUAAAUUAGUCAAUUGAAACAAUUGACCAACUCUGUGUGUUUAUCGAAAGAGUUAGAGUGCAUUUUAACACACCAAAGUCUAUUAGGAACAUCAUUUUAACACUUUCGCAUUUGUACUUAAUGCUUAUUCAAUUAAUAGCUUUUUCCUACCCGAAAGUUACGUCUUUGUUUGAUUUAAAAAAGCAAAAAAAAACACUCAAAAAGAUACUCAAAUCUCUCUCUCUCUCUUACUCUGUUGACUUUGUUACUUUAUUUCAUCUUUUCACAUUUUUUGCGCCCUCCUCAACCCUUUCAAUUUAGUGAGAUGUAAAUUACAAUGAUUAAUAACUAUUAUAACUAUUAAUUACUAUUUCUAAUUGCUUUGUACUUGUUUUCACUCUUUCUGUUGCAAUUGAUAACUUAAUGAAUCCCAAUUUGUCUGAUUCACUAAAUGUGAAGAUUCAAUUUUAAACUUUCAUUUUAUCCUUCAAAUUACCUCACUGUAUUAAUAACUAAAUUAGAGGUAAAAAUUAAGCUUUAUUGUGAAAUAAUUGCUAAAUGAUAAUGAUAAUUGUUAAAUUGUAAUUGCAACAAGUACAAUUUACAUGUAAAAUUAAACAAUUAGAGCUGAGAUUGUAUAAACUUUCAACUAUUAUCAAACAAAA